UUUUAUAGAUAGGUCCGACAAAUGACUCCACCCCACCUAAUGUUAAGUGAAGGUGAUGUCCAGACGCGAAGAUAGCUGAUACAGCAGUUCUACCUGCCACACCAGCCAUGCUCACCCUGCCGGCCUGCAUGUUGCUUCUUCACGCCUCUUUUAAAGGAUCCCACGUUUUAAGAGGGAGGGAACACGUGAGCGGGCAGAGCAUUCCAUUUACGGAUAGUGCGACAAAGAAAUGAGUCACCAAAUUUCUUUGUACGCGUUGGAAUUAUGGCCACAGUAAGACGGUGACAACGUAGGCCAGCGCGCGUGGUCCUCUGAAGGAAAGGGGAAGGUGGGAUAAGGGAGAAUAACUCGUCAGAACUUUUUGAGCUAGAUUAAUUAUACAAUGUGUUACUAUUUAUUAGUUUUGUUUUCACGCACGCCUUUGUUUAGCAUAUUUUAUUUUAUACUAAUUUUAUAAUACUUUGUACAUAUUAUCGCCGCCUUUGUUAUUGACAAAGAGCUUAGUUUAUUAUACUUUAGUGUCUUUGUAUUCAUGGACAAUCUAUUUGAUUAAGAAUUCCAUUCGUAUCAAAAUACGUAUUGGCGAUCUAGAUGGUCGAUAAAAUGAAUAAACGUAAGCAAACAAUUAAGCUAAUUAUAGAAAUAAAUAACUUUAAUAAAGAUAUUUCUCAUAUCUAAGGAAAAUAGGAAUUAAAUUUCUAAUCCACCGCCUAGGUUGAUAUGUUGACUAAUCACUCAUUAGUCCGUUAAUAACUAAGGCUAAGAAUGUGCAGCGCGAUUUCCACCCGCGCCCGCUGAAAAAGUUUUAUUUCGCAAUAUUAGUGGCGACCGUGACAUAAAUAAAUUGAAACAUUGGAAAUAAAUAUUUGAAAUGGAUUCCUUAAAGCGAAAACGCACGCAGCAAAGACGCGAAUUCACUUUUGUGGCAAACGCAUUUCAAACGGCGGUUCAUUCCAAUGAUGAGGAUGAAAUAGAAAACGCCAUUAUGGUGCUCUCUGAAACUGCCGAUAAAUUGUUCGCAACUGAAACGGCCGUAAGAGAUAUGUGGUGUGAAAGCGAAGAUUUCGACGAAGCUGUUUUUGAGACUGACCAAUAUAAAAGCUUAGAGUACCGGCAGAGAUGGCUAAACGUACAAAAUAGAUACAGGAAACUGGUAAAACCAUCAAUAAGCGACGACGGCUCUACAGUCAAGUCAGUACAUGAGGGUUAUGAAGGUACGUCCAAAAGACGCAUUAAUAUACCAAAAUUGGACCUAGUCAAGUUUGACGGCAACGUAAAAAAUUGGCUACUCUUCUGGGGUCAGUUUAAAAGGAUCCACGAGGAUGCUGACCUGGACGACAUAGACAAGUUCCAAUUUUUAAUGCAAUCAACCACAGUUAUUUCAUGUGCUCGCCAAUUAGUUAAGACAUAUCCGCCUUCCGGUGAAAACUAUUAUAAGGCUAUAGAAGCGCUUAAGGCACGUUUUUCUCGUGACGAUGUUUUGAUCCAAACCUAUGUGCGAGGUUUACUCAAUCUAGUUCUUAUGAGACAAAGGGGCCAAACAAGUGACUUAACGUCACUUUAUGAUAAUCUCCAAACGCACUUGCAAGCUUUAGAGACGCUUGGAGUCGCCAAAGAUAAGUAUGCGUCAGUUUUGUUUCCCAUGACUGAAUCUGCUCUGCCGGAAGACAUUCUGAGAACAUGGAAUCGGAUACGGGCACAAAACGUACAAAAGGCGACGAUCUAAGUAAAUAAAUUGAUUUUCUGAGACAAGAAAUGGAGUCUGAGGAAAGAGUUCACAUGACACGCGAUGGCUUCAUCAGCUACGAUACUCCAACGGGUUUGAACCAGCCGACUGCUUGUUUAAUGUCAAAUUUAGAAACUGAGAAUAAAAAAUAUAAAAAGUCAAAGCUGAUAUCUUGCAUUUGGUGUGACAAAUAAAACCACGUUAGCUCUGAGUGUCAUUAACCAGUGCAUCGCAGGAAACAAGUUUUAUUUCGCAAGAGUCUCCUAAGUUUUAAAAUAAAACAGCUCUACGGCCGCCUGCGGUGGGUACGUGAAAGGACCGCUACGUGAGUUCUUAGCCUAAGGUAGGUUCUCAGCCGCAUAUAGUAGUAAAAGAAUUGGCACAUUAUUGGCCACAUGCCCAUCAUCCUGUUUACUGUCUUAUUGUUUCUGAUAUAGGCAGUUUUGUGUAGGUAAGUACCUUGUGUUUGCAUGUGAAUGUCAAAGCCGGUGAUUAAUGAGAGCAUUAUUUAUGCCGCGUCUAUCUACGUUCCGUGAACAGUGAUAACUUUAUUUGCGUAUUGGAUUAAUGAUGAUUAAAACUUCGUUACUUAUUACAGAGACUGAUCGUAAUUUUUCUUGCCGCAUAUUUGAUGGAUAUUGCCUUUGAUUAUUUCCAUAGGGUAUUCUUGAAUUUGUUUCAAAGAAAAUCAACUAGAACAUCGAAUAUUUAUAUCUUUGAUUAAAUAACGCCUAGACAGAGCAAUCCAAUAAAGUUCACAAACAAAACGGCUCAUGUUACGCGCAUGUGUGAGUGACUCUAAUGUGAGAUUGAUUUAAAGCAGUCAAUGUGUGCAUGUGUAGCGACGUGCGUAUCUACCAUAUUUUAUGUAAGUAGUAGAUAUUUAUUUCGGCGCUUCCGUGUAGAUAAUACUGUAUCUAGGCGUACAUACAAUCAAAUAUUAAUAUAUUUAUGACAGUUAUAUUUUUAUUUUAUAAACAUUUAACUGCUAUAAGUUUAAAUCUACAGAAAAUUUCACUAGAAAGAAAAAUCUCUAUCUAGGCGAAUGCACUGACUAUUAAACUACCGCGGCCCUGAUGGCCGUAUCGAAUUUUCUCUAGUUUUCUUAACCUACAAGGCAGCGUCAUUUCUUCGCAUUGUAGGUAAAAUGAAUACCUUACAAGUAUUGAACAUUUGAAAGAAGAAAUAACAAUUAUAAAGAAAUCUUUACUAGAAAAAUUCACACACAAGAAAGCAGAUGGUACUCGCAUCCGGGCGAAUGCACUGACCAUGGCCGGGUCGAAUUUUCUCUAGUGUAAUCUUUAUGACAAUUACAAUUAUGUCAUUGUUAUGUUUGUUUUAGUCUAUCUGGACAUUAUAAAAAGUUGUUAGUCACAUGCCACCGCGUCUGUUUGUUUUUAAUGAUCUCAAAAAGUACUAAGCGCAUUUACAAUGGUGUUUUCGCCCAAGCAAAAAAACUCAUGAACAAAAACAUAGUCUACACCCACGCGAAGCGAAGAGGGUCAUCAGUUUCAUAUAUUUUGUGCCAAACACCGACACCACUGCAACACGCAGAAGGGCUCCCACACAUAACUACGAAUUCGCAUCGCACUACAAAUAUUUUAGAUUUGAACGGCAUCGCGCAUUCUUUCGAUGUUACAUACACUGGGCGACAACAUUUUAGUUAAUUCUGAGUCUGCGUAAGGGAAAGACGCCCCGGUGGCGCCGUCAUUGUGUAUGGAGGUGAUAAACUCUAAAGCUCUUGAAAUAAAGAUAUACUCAAUUUCUUUAACAAUACAAUAAACUCAAAAGCUCUUCAAGUGAAGAUAUACGCAAAAACAGUCUUCUGUUCUUAAACCGUAUUUCUUUUAUUUAUUGUUAUAUUUAUUCUUUAAUAGUAUUCUCGAGUAAAAAAGUUACCAUUAGCGUUCAUAAUCGUAAUAAAUGGAUCUACCCGAAAGCUUCUUUUUCUUUUAUAACUAUUUAACAAUAACCACAGUACAAUGAUCUUUUUGCGAUCCAUGUCAUUCCUUAAAAUACGUCCAAUACGUCUGACUACGUUAAAAGUACCUGAACUAUGGUUUUGCCGCACGAAAAAAACAACAAUUUGCAUCGCUAUUUACUGCGAUGCGGCGUCGCGUCGUAUCGCAUCAAAUCGCGGUUUUGUGUGGGAUAGGUAAUGUUUCAUGGAGUAUCUAUAUGUCAAUUGGUAUUUCACAUAAAUUUUAUUUGACUAUUGUUUUCAUAUAUGAAAUGAAGAUAUGAACCAUUCUAGGUCAAAUGUGAAUCGAAAGAAUUUGAUGAGUAUGAAAAAUAUUAUAAGUUCGAGUGAGCAACAAACAUAAUAACGUUUUCAUAUUUUGCGCUAUUUACUAUUCCAUUAGAUAUUGUUUUCUGUAUUUGAAGCUCUAUCUUAUAUGAGAUGAUAUUAGUUUUAUCAAAAAUCUACUAAACUAAAAUCUUAUAUCGUAUUUUCGCUCCGUUGUGUUGUCAAUCAAUUUCCUUUUACUCAAAACGCAUAGAACCACGAAAUUAAAAUUAGCUUCUAAUUCAAUGCAAUCAACAAACGCAUAUUAUCACUUAUCACCCAUUCGAUUCAAAUAUUAUUUUUUUCAAGUUUGAGCCUAAAAUGAUGACGUAAAGUGAUAAAACUCAAUAUCAUUUAUUUCUCGGAAACUAAUAAAACUCGAAUUAUCAGUUAAAUCAGAGAGACCGUAGUACAUCAAUAUAUGUGAAGAUCUUUUUUUUCAAUUAUGAAUGUUUGUUUAGUCAUAAUUUUAUUUAUAAUAAUAUUUACUUUUAUGUAAUAUUAGUACCACAGAAAAAGAACCGAAUUGAAGAGUGUGGAAGCCCUGAGACAACGUAGGAAUGGGGGACCCUAUUUUAAAAUCUGGCACCCUGAGCUCUUAUGAAUUGCUAAAAAUAUUUAUUAAUACCUGACGUUUCGCACCGUUAUCGAGUCUCUUACAGUAACAAGUAUUAUGAAAUGCCAGAACUAAAUUUUAAUAAAUACGCCUUAUAAUCGGCGUGUUUAAAAUAAUUCAAAUAGGUGGGAUUAUAAGAGAACUUUUUAAACUAGCUACGCGUUUGUACUAAACUAAGUUAAUAAUAAUUUUAACGUAUACAAUGAUGUCGAUUCUGGCAUGAUUCUCUAAAGCUAAACUUAAAUUUGACAACAAUGCAUCCUUUUCAUUCUCUAUACAGAAUAAAAAGGAGAGACUGAUGUUAAAUUUAGUUUUAAGUUUAGAGAAUCACGCCAGAAUCGACACCAUUGUGUUACCUGAGCAAAUACUCACCAUUACAGCUAUAGAGCAGACACGAUGGGUUCCUUAUCCGAAGAUAGAACAGUUUUAUCUACAAACAUAUACAUAUUUACGCAGUCUUCAUUAGGACUCGGAUCG